AUGACAAGUCUGAUUACGCCAAACGUCCGCAUCAAAGUAAGCUCAGUAUUGCAGCGCGACACCGUCAACUUUGGCAAGCAAAAUCUGACGGAUGGCAGCAACGAAACAUGCUGGAAUUCGGAACAAGGAUUGCCUCAAUAUGUCCUGAUUGAUUUCGGAUUAGUGGUCUUGAUUCAAACCAUCAGUCUGACUUUUCAGGGAGGGUUCGUUGGUAAAAAGUGUGUCGCGCUUGGGAGUCUGCCAGAAUCUCCAAACGAAUACAACAUACCGAUUGGCACAUUCUAUCCGGAAGACAUCAAUUCAACACAAAAAUUCGAUUUUGAGUCAUCCACACCUGUGCAGCGUCUAAAGUUGAUAUUUGAGGAGAGUUCCGAUUUUUAUGGGCGCAUUACAAUCUAUAACUUGGAUGUUUUUGGACAAUAA